AUGGUGAGGUCCUCCAGGCAACAGACCAUGACGGUGAUGACAAUCGCUCUGUGCCUCAGCCUGGCCACGGCGCAGACUUUCCAGUACAGCAGAGGGUGGACGAAUGGGCGUAAGAGGUCAGACCUGAGCGUGGGCGUCGCGAGGACCGUGAACCCCUUAUCUUUCCCCCUGAAUCGUCUUCUGCCUGUGUCUCUCCACCAGAACGCUGCUUAUAACCCACCUGCCAAGACUGUAGAAGAGCGACUACGAGCGCUGGAGGCUGGUUUUGCCGCUGUAGUGAGGGCCAGCAGCGCCAAUCUCUCCUCUGGUGGCGACGACGAGUACUAUUCUGAAAACUAAUUCUCAACUCAACAAUUUUUUUUUUUUUUCUCGGUACAUGAUGGCUGCUAUGUUAUAUCCAUAAACAAGACAAUAAUAAUAAAACAAAAACAGAAGAAAAAAAACCCAGAUGUGAGUGAUGAUAAAA